UGAAUCGGGUGCGCCCGUCGAUUGUUGGCAAUGGGAAUGUGCGCUGGGUGGUAUUGCAGUCGUCCAACCAUGUCUGGAAAUGCAUCUUCCGUAGGUUUAGUUGGAAAUUGGCGUCAUUGCCAACAUGCGCUAAGGAUGCAGAGUAGUCAACCCAAGGUGCUUUCGGCUUGUCUUCGUUGUCUCCGAUGGUGCUACCUCUCACGCACUCAUCUUUGCGGAUAUCAACUAUCCUUCUCCGCUCCCCUGUGGAGGAUAUUGUGUAAUUCGUAUGUAUUUAUCUCCACAGGGCGUCACGUCAAGAAUGGCACGAGGCGGAAUGCUUUCGUAUAAAUAUCCCCCCAAAACUCACGUAUUCUUCAGAACCGCUAACACAUAUUCACAUCCUGAACCAUGUCUCUCGAAUCCGGUCUCUACCAAAUUACCUCCGCGUGGGGUGACAAGCCUUUCGUCGGUCGCGAUUGGGUGGAGGAUUUAUCAUUGAUGCCCAAACGCAUCAUAACCAUUCCGACGUCUUCACAAGCUCCUCGGCCUUGGGUCGUGCAGAAGGUUGAGGACGAUAGGUACAUCUUGAAGGCUACGGAUGCGCCGACCGCUAUCAUCGAUGAUAAGGUGUUCGCUGUGCUUUUGGAUGUUCCUCCUGCUGAGGAAUGGCUCAUCACUGCCGUCCCCCAGAGUGGCGAAGACGCAUACAUCAUUGAGAAGAAAGAUCGUCAAGCUGGUUGGGUCAUCCCAGAUGUUGAAGAGCGCACCCAGGUUGUAGUUCGCCCCUUGAUUGUGGGGCCGAGCUAUCCUCCCUUCUAUCCUCCUAACCAGGUGUUCAUCAUUAAGCCCGUCUUAUUAGACUAGUCACUUGUUUGUUAACUGCAUGUAGUGUCUCCAUUGUCUGUGGUGCAGGUAGCUGAAGCACCUCAAAUAGAUUUGCCUUCUUAGAUUC